UCAGAUGAAAUAAUUGUAAUCCUCCUAAUUAAACUAAUGCACAGUGCAGCAAUUUGAUCAUCAGCACGCGAUGCUGAAGCGUCAAAUUCAUCCGCAAACAAUCUGCUCGGCACUAACAACCGUGAGAAGAACUCCAUCCACACAGAAAUAAGAAAAUAUUUCAAAAAAUUACAUAGACGACUGAUUCAUCGAGGGGCAAGUGCCUAAGGCGUGCGAAAAUAUAAAUUUCCAUUGUACAGUCUACAAAAAAAAUAAUCAAAUAGCUAAAAUCUGCCUGAGAUCAGGACUAAAAUUCCUAGAGAAAAAAAUUAUGAAUUAAAACUACUGGAGAGACUGAGUAGAAAAAAAAUCACCAAAACAAAGAGACAAUUUAUCAGUUUAAAAAAUCAUUUAUUUCCUAAUGUAAAAAAAAUCGCAUAAUAUCCACAAUUUUUCUCGCAAACAACUAGUUCUGCUUUUGACAUCGACGAAAAAUAUCUUCCAAUCUCAAUAAUUCCUCUUUCUCAGCGUAAAGUACAUGUUAACAAGGAAGAAAUAAUAAUAACGUAAAUAAAACAGAAAAUUAGCGCCUAUUAUCUCCAACGAUUGCCUGAUACUGUUGUCAGUAGGUUAAAUGCAGACCUGCAUCGGCAACUGAUGCAAGUGAAUGUGGGAAAUGGUUGAAAAACAAUUAAACGAUGGAUUUUCAUAUUUUUCAUUAAUAUAUUUAUCUCUCAGUGAUGCUAAUCCAGGCGUUCGCAGGCAAUUAAAUCAUAGAUUAAUAAUCCCUCCACAAAUCACAUAUUCAAUAUCUCAUUCUCAUACGGUAUAAAUAAUUAUAAUGUUUAUUUAGCUAUCUACAGUAAAAAAAACAAUAAUCGAGGAUGAUUUUUCUAAUUAAGAAAUUAUUUAAGACUCUCACGAUUAUCUAACUACAUUAUCGGAGAUGAAGAGUAACUGUGAGAGGAGCUAUUAUAGGUUUGUCCAUUAAUCUUAAAUAGAAAUUGGUCGUAACAAAAAAAAAGGUACAAUCAUCGAUUUCACAAUUUAUCUCUCAAAACACUGUACACCCGAGCUAUUGUUAGUAAGCAGAAUCAUUUUCACUUUAUUUAUACUUCGUCUAGAUUUUCAUCAUUCACGGUUCAUCGUCUCUCAUCAGUGAUUGGAUAUUUUUCGUGAUAAGAGGACAAUUGUUCUUUGAUUAUUGUCGGAGGCCACCUAUUCACUCAUCCACUGGGAUUAUUAUUACAGUAUUUAGGUGUGACAUUCAUCUCUAGUCCUUGACAUGUGGCAAGUUUCGAUUUUUCAACGAUUCAAUCUGCGAUUUUUGAUAAAUAUGUUCUUCAAGGCUUUAACAUUGUGUAGAUGUUCUCUUGGGGUAAAUAUAAUAUAUUUAUAUAUUAGGUUAACAAUAUUAAGUUGUAAAUUACAUUUACAAUAACAUGAUUUCGCCGGGGGGUCGACCACUUCAAGAAAAAAUGUGCGAAAAUAGAGAGAAAAUUCUGGCAUUCGGGAAAAACUUUGGGUCAUCAAUUCUUGGUCCUGGGGGGGCAGAAAAAUUUGAAAAAUAAUUUGGGAAAUUCCUUUCUUUUAUAGCAAUGGAUCGGUAAACGUUGAAGGUGAUCCGACACUCUUCAUUAGAUCACCAGCAAUUUUCACUCAUUCGGUUUCUAUAAAACAAUUUUUUGCAUGAUUGAACAUUCAUUAAUUAAAGUAAAUGUUUUCCAAAAUUCUGGUGACAAAUAUUUGACAAUUCCAUAGUAUUUCUCAAAAUUUGAAUUUUUCUGCGCACAAUAUUUCAUAAGUGAUUAAUCCCUCGGAUUUCGUGGCUACUGAGGAAAAAAAUUAUUAAAAGUCAUCGGAGGAGUUGUAAAUAGUUGUUAGAAAAUUUUAGUAAUUUUUCUUCUCAGUGUGUGGGCUCUUUUGAAUUUUUGUACUGAGUAGGCAAACAUUUAACGAAUAUUAAAAUUCAUUUACACCUCUCGAUCACUAUUAUAUAUUACUUCGCUGUAUUUUUCGUUAUAGGCCAUUGCCAUUUGAGUAUUAUCGUAUUAAUUUAACAAAAUAUAUUAUAUUAUUGUAUAUAAAAAACAGACAAUUUGUGGACGUAUUUUGUGGUAACUUGGGGAUUUUCCUAAUGAAAAAAAAAAUAUAAAGUUAAUAAAAAACGUCUAAAAAUGGAGAUAAAUUGUCGAAAAAAUAUUGUUGAGUAUUUGGGGACGGAGUUUUUUCAAUUUAUAAAAAUAUAUCUUUGAAACAUGUGCUUGGAAAAGCCCCGAAAACUUACGUUUCAUUUAUAAAUUGGGGUUCCUCCAUAUGCCAGCAUGCAGCAGCGCCAUUAGUUUGCACAUUAGUCGUUACCCCCUCGCACGGCCGGCCAUACAGUCGCCAUUCGGCGUCGGAGUCCUCCGUUUCCUUAAUCCGCGAUCUAAUUAUUUUACAAACUAAAUAUGUGCAUUCAGCCGGUGCACAAAACAUAACAUUUCAUAUAAAAGCCCAGGGAUUUCGCUAGGACGUUCAAGUACAGUGUUAUUGUCAAGUGGUGUCUCUCGGAGAGAUCGAAACGUUCAGUGAAAUAUAUAAACACAAAAGCCUGGUAAACAAGGACGCCAAAAAAAUUUGAGGGCUUUUCCAAACAAUUAUUUCGAAUACAGUAUACGUUGCGGGUUUGAACAGGGACUGCAGGGAGGGGGGAAAUUUUAAUCUCGAGUAUGCACACUCUUAGGAGGUGUCGUAGGACAACGCAGUAGCGAAGUGUAAAGCGGGAUUAGUCACUUGAUUACUGACCAGUUAUCAAAAAUAUAUCGGGAUCCAGAGUAAACCGUGAAAUUUUUAUUAUAACUUGUGUUGUCGAGUGAAAGAACAGCACCACAAUCAAUUGAACCGAAAAAAUUACGUGAUUUGCCGAAAAUUCGGAGAUUAUUGGUGAAAAAUUCGUGUUAGCGUUGGUAGCUUCGGGUUUGAGGCUUCAGGCAUUGUCCUAUAGUUGCUCCUAAAAACAUUACCCCCCGCGAAUCGGCAGUCCCCCUUUGUUCCAGUCGCGACGCCAUACACUAGUUUGUUGAAUAUCAAUAGUAAUCUUGAGAAUUGGUAAUAGAAUUCAUCGGAAACGCCUACCAUUUGACGAUUAAAAAUAGUCGAGUGACCUUCUGUGGAAUUCUCUCGAUCGAUUAAUAAUAAAUAAAUUGAUCUAGCCAGUGAUUAUUGUGCCCCAUUCUCGAUCCUCAAACCGAGAAACUGACGAUAAAACAUCGUGUUUAAUUGACUCCAUUGUUUCCGGUCGUAGCAAAUAAAUCGUUUAUAAUCUCAAUCUUUUCCACGGCGUGAUCUAUCGGUAAGAGAUUGUUUUUUUUUUUCACUCUGGUCUUUGUGAUCGUGCACAAGGGGUUGCCGAUGCCACACCUACGAGACCCCCUUUUAGAAGGUUAAUAGGCUACCAAGGCUCACGACGUUCAAUUGAAAAUGUGGAGGUGAAAAAAAAUUGAUAAAAAUCCACGCGUGGGUUUUACAUUACGAGCUAAACGUGAUCUAGGGGACUAUAGGAGAGGUAAUAGCACCCGGAAAACAGUGGUUUGACGGGAGAGUUUUCGCUGGCGUGACGAUUCGGCAAUCCAGUGAGAUCACCAGAGAAUUCGACUAAACGAGUUGCAGAGGCUGUGGAGAGAAUAAACGGAGGUCGAAUAGAUCUUGGGGAGUACCAGGUGGUCGAUGGCUAAUAAUUAUUCAACAAAAUCUGAAGAGAAGGAAAAAUUUUGUACUAUGGAAGAGAGGACAGAGUACUUUACGAAAUUAGAAAAAUGGUUGCAGGAGGCCUAUGCUUGGCAGACUGUUGCUGCUAUGUUUCCUUAUUAUUUGAUGUCUGGUCAAAUUUUACAACCAAAUGGGAAUAAUUUCCUACCUCAAUUAUCACCGAACACGAGAGCUCCAGCCUCGCCAAGUGGACCCUCAGUCACAGAAAAUGACUCCACAAGACUGCGAGGCAGCAGAGACUCCAGACCUGGACCCGUACUCACACCUGAAGGAAUUGAAUACCGGAUUCCACCGAUUUGGAAGCGUAUUGUAGCUGAACUCAUCGAUUCAGUUAUGUUAUUUGUGCUCAAGCUUAUGAUAACUUUUAUCGCUCUGGAUAUAUUUGCGACAAUGAAUGUGGAAUCUUACAACUUGGAUUUACUCCAAGCAGGCCUUAGGAUAGUUGAUUAUAAAAUGGCCAUGGAAUUUGCAUCAAAAAUCUUAAUCUGGGAAUUGACGCAUCGAUCCAUUGUUUGCAUGUUUGAGGCCUUGUGGCUUCAGCAUGGGAUCCACGGUCAAAUUGGGGGUGCAACACCCGGCAAAUCUGUGAUGGGCCUGCGAGUGGUGCAAUGUCGAAAUAUAACUCCGGUGAAUCGUCCAGGGGAUCCAGACGCUGUAAUAGUGUCUCCAGGCACUGAUCUGGGUCUGCCACUUGCUCUCGGCAGAUCAAUAGUUAAAAAUUUAGUAAUAACAUUUCUAUUCCCAAUCUGCUUCUCCCUAUUUUCCUUCAGGUUCAAUCGUACUGGUUACGAUCUCGCCUGCUCCUCCAUCGUCGUGGAGGAUCCCUACAGACAACAGAACAAUCGAGCCCAUCAGCGCUGAAUUAUACCUCGGGAAAAAUAACUAACGAACAAAGAAGGUUCAAAUUCUACUGCUGUGGAGCGAGAAGAUCAGAUGAAAAUUUUUUCCUUCAUUAUUGGGGGCAUUUAACUGUUUGCAGAGACGAAUUGAAUAGCAAGAGGCUACGAAACAGUAUUUUUCCCUCAGAAAAAUUCACUAAAGGCCAUCUUGCGGUUGGCUGGACUCAUCCUGCUUCGCCACUUCACAAGUAAUUAAUUUUUUUUCGUGCAAUCUACUUUUGAAAGUUUAACCCAACCAGCUUACCACUUCCACUCCCCCUGGAAACACCCCAAAUCUCCCCAAGACUGAAGG